AUGGCUGCUACAAAGUUCCUUGCUUUGCUUCUGCAAGGCUUUAUCCUGUUCUCAGCGAAGGUUCAUGAGAAGCUGGAUGAGGCCACAUGGAAGCGCAUGGAGGAGCACAAGACGGAGAUGAACCAGGAGAUGACUCGUCUGAUGGAGGAGAUGGAGAGGAGAAGCCAACCGCAGUGGAGCCUGGUCCCCAUGAUCCUGCAGCAGAGGCCUCAGGAGCAGAGCAUCACAACCUGGACAGCUGUGCUCUUUGCUGUCACUGCUGGAGUGCUAGUCCUCCUGUAUUGGCUCUGCUGGUGGCUCAGGAAAAGAUGCAGUGAGACAGACUCAAUCUGGGGCAUGGAUGAGAUCUCAGACGGCAGGACAGAUGAGGCAGAUGAGACAAAUAAGGAAGAAAUUGAUGCAGAAGACAGCAUUUUUGCCAUCCUUUCAUGCCAUGACAGGUGCAAGCAGUGGCCUGUGCAGAAAACAAUCUCCAGGAGCGAGGAGGUGAAGGGGCUGGUGGAUGACCUCCUGCAGGUCUUGCGAAUUCGCCUGUCAAAUACUUUCUUGCCAGUGCUGCAGGAGGCCAUUGGUGUUGACAGCUCAUUUGAAGGAUGGAGUCCCAAUGAGACCGAUGAUGUUGUCUACCACCUGCUUGUGCCCCUGAAGGCCCCCACUGGGUACAGGUUCAUCCUGGAGCCAAUGAUCACGGGGUGGCGGAUGGCACCCAUACACUCCCGCAUCCGUGUGGACCUGGAAUGCAGCUGCGGGGGAAAGAAGACGCUAUGCUUCCUCCACAACAGUAAGAAGCAGCUGAGGAGGGUCAAGAAGAAACCCAGCGUCCUAGACAUCCUCUGUACCCACUCCUACCUAGAUGUGGAGAAAGUUGCAAAGUGGUUCCAGGAUUUGGUGACGAAAGCGUGGAUGGCAUUGCCUCAGUCACGUUGCUACAAGAUGAAGGUGCUGCCCUACAGCCAGACCUCCUGCCUGCUGCAGCUGAAAAGUAACUCUGGGAGUAAAGUCGCUCUUGAGAUCUUGUUUGGGGUGCAGCAAGGUGACUCAGAUAUCUUCCUCAGCAGCCUUCCUGAAGCGGACACCAACACCCCAAGCACAGUGUGGAGAAUAAACUCCCUUGUGGCAGAGGGGAAGUUCUUCAGACAUGUGGCUAGACAAGUCCCACAAGGCAGCUGCCACCUUAAAUGCCUUCAUCUCUGCACCUCUGUCCUGGAGGGCACAGACAUCUCCCAAUAUAUAAUCAAGACAGUUGUCAUGCACCUCCUCAACACCACACCCGUGGCAGGAUGGUGCAUACGGGACUGCAUCAUGCGCCUGGCAGAUAUCAUGAGGCACCUGCACUGCUGUCUGGAACAGAAGCAGCUCAACUACUUCUUCUUGGGCAAUGCAGAGAUGCCCAAGGAGAUCAUCUUGCCUCCAGACUUCCAACAAUCUGAGCCACCCAACCUCUUGGAGCAUCUUGUGCAGGAUCAGGCUGCCCAUACCAAGGCAUUGAGACAGUUUGAGGAGAUUCAGGACAGGCUCCUGAACAGGCUGUACAUAGGGCUCUCCACCAGCAGACGAGCAUCUACAGUCAUGCAGUGA